AUGGACACCACCGGCACUACACCCACGGGUGGCAAGCCCUUCUCCUUUGGCCUCCAGCCGCGGCCGCUCGUCAUGUUUGCGACUCUCCUCGCCUCGGUUCCGCUCCUCGUCAUCGUCGUACCUUGGAUGAUCCGCGAGGCCGCCCUUGCCCUUGGCUGGAUGCUGCGCCAGGGAACCGAAGGUCGACGGUCUCAGCUGGCGGCGCUCAUGGACGACGACGACAAGAAGUAUAGGGAGCAGAACAAGGAGCCCAAGCCCAACUCGACCGACGAGGAUCACCAGGCACCACAUACCAAUCCUCGAGCUCCAGGUGACGCUGACGAGGCGCACCGGAACUGGGACGGCUCCGUUGGCUUUUUUCACCCAUUCUGCAAUGCCGGCGGUGGCGGAGAGCGUGUGCUUUGGGCUGCCAUCCGGGCGACGCAGAUUCGGUGGCCCAAGGCCAAGUGCGUCGUCUACACGGGCGACCAUGAUGUGAACAAGGACGCCAUCCUGCAAAGAGUCGAGAGCAGAUUCAAUAUUCACCUCCACCCGCCCACCAUCACCUUCCUCUACCUGUCCAAGAGGGACUGGGUCCUCGCCACGACCUGGCCGCAUUUCACCCUUCUGGGCCAGUCUCUGGGCUCUAUGAUUCUGGCCUGGGACGCUUUCUCGCUGCUGGUUCCGGACAUCUUUGUCGACACCAUGGGAUACGCCUUUGCCCUUGGCCUCUGCAAGCUUCUGUUCCGCAACGUGCCGACAGGCGCCUACGUCCACUACCCGACCAUCUCCACUGACAUGCUCGAGUCACUCGACCCAACGUCUUCCGUGGGCUCCCAGGGUGUCAACGCCGGCCAGGGCACGGGUAUUCGGGGAAAAGCCAAAAGGGUCUACUGGCAGCUCUUUGCACGCCUAUAUUCGUGGGUCGGGUCCUCCAUCGACGUCGUCAUGACGAACUCGACCUGGACGCAGUCACACGUACAGACCCUCUGGGGCCCAUAUCGUCGGGGCAAGCGCUCGGCACAUCCGAUUGCGGUCGUCUACCCCCCUGUCGCAGUUCUUGAACUCGAACAAGAGGUAGAGGUGUCGGAGGCGAGCGAAAAGAAGCGAGAGCAGGUGCUGGUGUACAUUGCCCAGUUCCGUCCGGAGAAGAACCACCCGCUCGUUCUGCAGUCGUUUGCCGAGUUUCUCAAGACCAACAGCCAAGCCGCGAACCAGGCGCGGCUGGUCCUCAUCGGAAGUGUCCGCGACGACCAUGACUCUAAGAGAGUGUAUCAGUUGCGGCUCUUGGCAAACGAGCUGGGCAUCAAGGACCGAGUUGAGUUUCACCUGGACGCCUCGUGGCCGGAGAUUCUCGAGUGGCUGAGAAAGGCUUCAGUGGGCGUCAACGGCAUGUGGAACGAACACUUUGGGAUCGGGGUCGUCGAGUACCAGGCAGCCGGCCUCAUCUCGGUCGUCCAUGACAGCGGUGGCCCCAAGCUGGACAUUGUAGUCGAGGUCGACGGCGAGCCUACAGGCUACCAUGCGACAACCGCUCAAGAGUUUGCGGCGGGCUACGAAAAGGCGCUGUCCCACCCCGACCCCCUGGCCAUUCGGAAACGGGCGCGCACGUCAGCAAUGAGAUUUACCGAGGAAGAGUUUGCCAGGGGUUGGCUGCUUCAGAUGAGUCGACUGGUUGGCCUCAAGAAGUAA